CCAGCCUUCAGAUCAGACAGCAUGAAAGCUGUAAUGCAGCCACUGAGGACGUCAUUGUCUUGAGAUACGCUUACAAACCGAGACCGCCUCAGCCCACCUUGUCAUUACUCUCAUGUUCAAGCUACACUCCAUCAUCCCUGUUAUUCGACGACUCCAGCCACCUCUUGGAUCGUAUCCUCCGUCGAGACAGAUCUACACUCGCAGAAAGCUACAGAAGAACAUUGACCAGCUACAAGAGGGACUGUCAAUCUUGAAAGACAUGGUUAUACAUCCCAAGGCCACAGACAUCUUACAGGACGUAUAUACCGACAGAAACGACGAGUAUACUGAAAGCACCAGUGAAGAUUCAAGGUGGACCAGGGUCGCCCGACGACUCAAUAUCCCUGAAAGCUACAAUGGCCCAGCCGAACUUAUUGACAGUCUCACCCAAUACAGUCCGCCGUAUAUGUACCUUCCACCCUCAUGGCAUACAUCUCUUGGCGUUCCAUUGCAUUACUUCAAUGUUCGGUAAACAUAUCAAAUUUCCGCAAGAGAAGCCCAUUCCGGGGGAGUUUUGGCCGCUUUUUACCGAUGUUCCACAACCUGAGCCCGUCUGGUAUCAGGUUGUCAUGCAGGGCCAAAUCAAGUUCAUUAUCAUCAUGGUAGAACAGUUAUCGCGAUCUAGCAUAGACGUAUACACUCGGCUUUUCACCGAGCUCUAUACCGCCUCUCGAUACAAUACAGAGUCUGACGACGGAAACCGAAUGCCCAGCGACUACUCGAGAGUCCACGGUCUUCUCACUGAUAGACCAGCAGCUCACUUUUCAUUCUUUUCCUAUGACCCAUUCACAUCCACUUUCCAGACGGACGAAGACUUGUACGUCAACCCAAGUUCUACGACAGCCCCUCGUGAUAUGGCCAAAGUAACAGAAAAGUUUUUAAGCAUCCUGAUGUAUGCGUACAAUGAACUUCUGGACGAUCGGCGCAGUCACACCGACCUGGUUCCCAAAGAACAUCAAGUUCACUGGAUAUCUACAAAAACUCAUAACGCGCCGAGAUCCCUUUCGGAUGCAUUGGAAGAAGCGGCCCAAUACGCGAAAUCGGCGACAGAAAUACUCAAGCAGCCUGCUAACAAAGAUGCCCUGAUACAAGGCCUGGAUUUUGUGAGCGAAAGUAUUCGAGUACUCCCCCUCUGUGAAGAUUUCGACAGCUCCUGGUCCCGAUACACGACGUCGUUGAGAGAAGAAGGCGCUACAUGGAGAGAAAUUUGCACGGGCAACAGACAGGGCUCUUCUGAGAUCUGAGUUAAUACAUAAAUUGUACAGAUAGCCCUUCGACGGUGGGCCAGUGUCUGAGGGUGUACGUCUCUCGCGAAUGGGAUUCCAGAGGAUCGACUUCCCCUUGACAAUUGACACUUAAAUGGGUCCGAUGGGACGGUCGGAAACCGCUGGUGAUGCCACUAUAGUCCCGACAAACGAUGAGAUGAGACCCUGUGAGCUUAGUCACCACCUUAUUGAACUUUUUCGUACCAUCUUCGCGGACUUGGAAUUACAAACAUUUUGGCAUAUCUUGCAUGAAGUAGUGUACUACAUUGAUCUGUAUGUCGCCGAC